AUGCCUGCGAGGACGCAAUUCGCCCUCCACACAAUCUUCACUGGUCUUUUCGUCUUCGGCGUUCUCACAUUCAUCUACCACAACCUCGACCAAGUCCCAGCCUCGUUCAAGAUGGCCAGCCAAGACAAUGACAUCCUCUCGCAACUGCAUAUAUCUCUCAGCCAGGCAUCAAAGUCGCCACCGGCAAUAUCAAUCAAGGUGACCAACAACUCUCCCAAGCCCGUCACCAUCCUCACAUGGGACUCGCCGCUGGACCAACUCGCCUUGUCGCUAGGCACGGUAUACAUCACGCCCUCGGAUGCGUCUGAGCCGCUGGAAAUCAGCCGCAUCAUGGUACAGCGCAAGACGCCUCCCAGCGACGAGUCGCUUGUGAGCCUGGCCCCGGGCGAGAGCCGGGAGAAUCAGGUAGAGCUCAGGGAGCUGCUGGUGCCGGCCGAGAAACUCAAGGGGAAGAAGUCCACGGUCCAGGUCAAGGGGCGGUGGAUGGGGGUCUGGCCGAAGUCGAGGGACGAGUUGAACGAGGAGGCUAUCGAGAAGGGGGCGCAUGGAGGUGGCGCUGUGGCUGGCACAUACUCGUCGGAAAGCGUCGAGAUCGAGGUCGACUGA